AUGUGGAAGGAGUUUUGCAGCUUUUGCAGCUUAUUUAAUUGUAUUAAACCCAGGGAUAAACGAAUUGAGCCAGAAAGGCCUCAGAUACCUGACGAUUCAGAAGAAGUCAAUAAUUAAGACAUCAAGAAUAAUAACAGAGAGUUGCAAAAUCAACCCAAUGUAAAUAUUAAUGAAGAAGUUUAUAUAACUCGGAAAUUUACAUACUUUGAGGGUUUUGAAAAAGUGGAGAUCAAAAAUGACAAAUAUGAUAAAUUAAUGAUCUUUACAAAUAUAUUGUUUUACUAUUGUGAGGAGAGAACAGAAUAGAAUCAAUUUAACCAAUAUGAAGGUGAAUUAUACAAGACUAAAUAUGACGAGGAUAUAAAUCCGAAAUUUGUGUUUGAAUAAGGAAUGUUUUAAAUCAAUUUAGAAGAAAAGUCCUUCAAACUAAUUCAAGAAAGCAUAGAACAACCAAUUGGCAUAACUGAAGACUUUGAUGAAAAAUCAAAUAACUUAAUGAAUGAUUAAAAUGAUAGGUUUUAGGAUAACAAUAAAAGAAAGAUUAGGAUUAAUGAUGCAGAUACACAUAAAUAAGUAAAUAUAAACCAUUCAGGUGAUAACUAUUAAUUGCAUAACUAAAAAAAGAAUUAACAAAUGUUCUGUAAGUUCAAUUAAUCGUUAACAACUAAUGAUGUGAAUAUACUAUCUGAAAAGAAAUGGAUGACAAGCAGUAUCAUUGAUAGUUAUGUACUUUAUCUAAACAAAUCUGGAGAAGAGAAAUAUUUCGCAUUACAAUAAGAGUAAAGAAAAUCUAUUAGAAGAAUUCUAUUUUUUCCUUCUAGUCUGACCACAAACUUUGGUUUGAAUUUCGAUUUAUCUAAAGUAAAAGGGUUAUUUGAUAACGAAAAACCUUAAUUUAAAUAAAUAAAUUUUAAACUCUAAUUAUUGUAUCACUAUAUUGGAUUCCCAAUCAAUAAAAAUAAUAAUCAUUGGUUAUUUCUAUUAUUUGACUUAAAUUCUAAAAAGGUUUUUGUUUUUGACUCAAUGAAUAAAAACUUGUCAUUUAAAGAAUAAAUAGACUUAAUUGCUGAAAUUCUUAAUGUAAAAAAUCCUAAACAUAUUCUACAUCAACAUUCUGACCAAUAAAAAGAUGGUUAUUCCUGUGGGUAUCGUGUUUGUAGUCUAAUGAAAUUCUAUUAUGAAAAUUAAUUUUAAGAAACAGAUGAAGCUAAUUAUAAAUAUAACGAAUAGAAGAUAAUUGAUGAACUAAAAACCUUAAUAAAGAUGUGA